AUAAGACAAGGUCAAAAACUUUUCAGACGUCAAGUUUGUUUAUGUCUUUUAGAGGAAAAGGAAACUGGAAAAGUCAUCAUUUAAUGCUGAAUAGUGUUUUUCUUUAUAUUCAUGUAAUGAUGACCAUGUAGAUUAAUCUUAAAUAGCAAAUAGGACUAAAUUCUUGUAAUUGUGUCUCAAGUCAUACAUAUUUUUAAGCAAUGUCCGAUCCUCCAAGUGCGCAGACGCGCCGUUCAACUGGGGAUUUAAAGAAAACUCCCCCGUCCUCUGUUGUAACAAGAAAUGGUGCAAGAAAAGCGAAAAUUCAGACACGUGCUAUGUCUGCAGGUGUUAAACCUUCAGCUUCAGUGCUAGCUGCCAAGAAAAAGGCCCAACAGAAGAAGAAGCAAGCUGUUGAUACAAUAUUGCGGGAUCCUUAUCAAAUUGCAAUGGAGUCGAAAUUGAAAAUAAAAGGACCAACUGGAUUUGUUACUGAGCCUCGCAUGGCAGAGCACAGAUGUCUGUGGGAUGAUAAAUAUCCAGAAUGCCCCGAACGGCUGAUUAGUGUCAUUGACAGGUGCAAAGAGUUAAAUUUAAUAGAGCAAUGUAAAGUAUUAACACCGAGGGCAGCUACAAGAGAAGAAAUAGAAACAUUACACUCUCCGGCAGUUAUUGACAUGUUAGAAACCACACAUCAGAACAAUGAUGUUGCAUAUUUAGAAGAUCUGUCCUCGAAAUACGAUGCCAUAUAUAUUCAUCCUAGCACGCAUGAGCUAGCUCUGAUAGCGGCGGGCUCCACACUGGAGCUGGUGUCGCGCGUGGUGUCGGGCGAGCUGCAGAACGGAGCCGCCUUCGUGCGGCCGCCCGGACACCACGCCAUGCGCGCGGAGCCCUGCGGGUACUGCUUCUACAACAACGUGGCGCUCGCCGCCCGCCACGCGUUGCAGCAGGGAGUGGAGCGGAUAUUAAUCAUAGAUUGGGACGUGCAUCACGGUCAGGCAACCCAGCAAAUGUUUUAUGAUGAUCCUAGGGUGGUCUACUUCUCGAUCCACCGCUACGAGCACGGCUCGUUCUGGCCCAGCCUGCGGCAGUCCGACUUCCACUACACGGGCAGCGGCGCGGGCGAGGGGUACAACUUCAACGUGCCGCUCAACUGCACCGGGAUGAAGGACGCCGACUACUUGGCGAUAUGGCACCAGCUCCUACUGCCCAUGGCACUCGAGUUCUCCCCGCAGCUCGUCAUUAUCUCCGCGGGGUAUGACUCGGCGCUCGGCGAUGAAAAAGGCGAGAUGGAGGUGACGCCGGCGUGCUACGCGUGGCUGACGCAGCAGGUGUCGUGCGUGUGCGCGCGCGUGUGCGUGGUGCUGGAGGGCGGCUACUGCCCCGCGUCGCUGGCCGAGGGCGCCGCGCUCACGCUGCGCGCGCUGCUCGCGCUGCCCGCGCCCGCCGCGCCCCUCGCGCCCCCCGCGCCCGCCGCGCCCCCCGCCGCGCCCUGCGACCAGAUAAGAGAAUCGAUCCUGAACUGCAUCUACGCCCACAAGAAGCAUUGGCGGUGCUUCAACUACCAGCCCACCUACAGCACGGGCCCCACGCUCAACGUGUGCGACGGACAGAAACUUAAGCACACGGUCCAGGUGCGAUGGGAGGGCGACGAGACCAGACCGGAGCGCUUCGCCACGAGGGACUGCUACCCGCUGCAGGACGACCGCACCAAGCGAGAGAUACAGGAACGACUGAACCAUUUGCGAUUGGUUACGGAACUGAGUCCACUGAAACCUGUAUGUUACAUCUACGACCAAGCCAUGUUGAAACACAAGAAUAUUUGUGAACCAGGUCACGUUGAGUGUCCUGAGCGGAUAAUGCGUAUUCAUGAGAGACUUCGGGACUUUGGUCUCUUAGAGAGGUUGCAUCGAUUAGAGGCCAGGCCCGCUACUGACGAAGAGAUCCUCGCUGUCCACACGCGCAAACAUUUGGACAGGUUAAAAGAAUUAUCACAUACCAAGUUAAGAGAUCUAAACAGUCAGAAGGAUGCUUACGACUCCGUAUACUUCCACCCGGACACGUUCGAGAGUGCAAGCGUAGCGUCCGGUUGCGUGCUACAGAUGGUGGAGGCGGCGGCGGGCGGGCGCGCGGGGCGCGGCGCGUGCGCGGUGCGGCCGCCGGGCCACCACGCCGACGCCGACAGCCCGAGCGGGUUCUGCGUGCUCAACAACGCGGCCGUGGGCGCCGCGCACGCCGUGCGCGCGCUGGGCCUGCGCCGCGUGCUGCUCGUGGACUGGGACGUGCACCACGGGAACGGCACGCAGAGCCUCACCUACGCCGAGCCCGAGAUAUUGUAUAUAUCUAUUCACCGGUACGACAACGGCACUUUCUUCCCGAACUCCAAAGACGCGGACUACACGGCGGUGGGGGAGGGCCGCGGGGAGGGGUUCAAUGUUAACAUACCUUGGAAUAAGCGCGGAAUGGGUGAUGUAGAAUACAUGGCAGCGUUCACUCAAAUUGUUUUGCCAAUCGCAUACGAGUACAAUCCGGAGCUAGUUAUAGUUUCGGCCGGCUUCGACGCCUGUGUGGGCGACCCGCUGGGAGGUUGCAAGGUAACACCGGAAUGUUUCGGGCGAAUGACCCAAUUCCUGACUGGGCUGGCGGGCGGGCGCGUCGUGUUGUGCCUGGAGGGAGGCUACAACGUCACUAGCACGGCCUAUGCCAUGGCUAUGUGCACCAAGGCUCUCCUCGGUGACCCCAUACUACACCAUUACGACCCUAAACCUGUCUGCCAUUGGUCUGCCGUAGAAUCUAUUAACAACGUUAUCAGAGUACAAAAGAAAUACUGGAAAAGUCUCAAGUUCCAAGUCGCCCUACCGAUAGAAGACGUGAUCGAAAAACCAGUGCCAUCUAGAGGAUUAAUUGUUAAAGAAGACGCUUCCUCGUCUAAUCUAAUUAAUAAUUCGAAGAAUCAAAUAGAACACAGUAUGUCAUCUGUUGAAAAUAGUAUGACAAAUUUGAACAUAGAGAAUAAGUGCCCUGAUGGUAUUCACUGUGGUACCGAUGAUGAAGAUGAAAUGGAGUCUAAGUCAAACUCUUCGAAACCGAAUGAAAACAAAACCGAAGACAUCAAGACACCAGCGACAUUAGUCGACUUCUUAGCUGAAAAUAUGCAAGCUAUAGUUGACGAAGAAAUGUUUGCAGUGGUACCAUUGCAGUGGUGUCCACAUUUAGAAUCACUUUACGCGAUCCCUGCUGAUGUUAAGUUUGAACAAGGAGUGAAAUGUGUUAGUUGUGAUCACACUGAUGAGAACUGGGUGUGCUUGCAUUGUUAUAUUACCGCGUGCGGGCGCCACGUGGGCGGCCACAUGCAGGCGCACUACCGCUCGGCGCAGCACCCACUGGCGCUGUCCCUGCGCGACCUUUCCGUGUGGUGCAGCGCGUGCGACGCCUACGUCGACAACGCGCUGCUCUACGACGCCAAGAACAACGCUCACCGCUGCAAGUUCCAGGAGGACAUGCCAUGGUGUUAUCCCACCGAUACUAUUCAUAUGCAAUAACGUUCAUUAUACUCACUCGAUCUACUGCCAAGGGACUCGGACAUGCUACUUGUUUUCAACGACAGACGCACACACAUGAGACUAUCUACGAUAACAUGGUUAGCGACGCAUUGGCGGUGUAAUAACUCGUUGAAUGGUGAAUACUUACCACCAAGUAUACCGUUUGCUGGUCAACUUAUAAAAAAAGCAUUAUUUUGGGUCUGGAUAGUAUUGACUACCCACCGGCUACGAAAGCAAUUUAAAUGUUACCACCUACUACAGUAGGUAUUCUGAGCAAGUAUAAUCAGCAGUGACUUGAUAUUGUUUAUCUAUUAAGUUAAAGGAAUAUCAAAUGAUUUAAAAAAAAAGAACAAUAAUGUCAUAUUUUCCAACUUAAGUCUCAC